UUUCGACAAUAACGAGAGCUCAAUAACCGGCUAGUAUGAUGCUUACGGAUAAUAAUAGUAGUGCUAUAUACAACUUUGAAGAAAAAACCGAUGAUAGGACAAUCGUGGGCAAUAAACCAUCCUCGCCAAGAACAUUUUUCGAGCGGAUAUAUGGUCAUUUAGAAAAAGAUAAUUCUGGAAGUUUAAAAAACCAAGAGAAUAAUACAAAAAAUGAAAGUGUAGUGACCCAACUGAACAAAUUUUGCCGAUCACCUUCAGAAAGUUCGGCAAGCACCAGCCCAUCAUCGCCUACUUUAGAUAUUGAAGAAACGGAAGAACGUACGACCUGUUAUGGUGAAGCAAUUUGUACGAGAGGGUACGACCAGCGAACUUAUGGAUAUAGUGCUCCACAAGUGCAGAUUCCCUUCAGUCACCAGAGAGUCGUUGGUACACCACCGCUUGCAUCUCUGGCGGACAGGUAUGGAUCGUUUCGACCGGUUUUCGGAUUCGGACAAGAUACAACCCAUCUACCGGCAGGAUUGUCGGCGUUUUUUGCACGAAUCGCAACAUUCCCGAAUGCGUUCAUCAACAGCAAGUGUACCGUCGAAGUAAUUUUUCACUGCCAGCGUGUCACCAUUAGGGAUUCUAUUGUACAACAGAACAACAAUGAAGGAAACGUUCCAUGGAUGAUCUUCCAGCAGUACCGUCAACAGAUUCAGUUAGUACUCGAUCAUUUUUAG